AUGAAUUUUACUCGUGCAAAGAAACAGCUGAAAGCCUUUUUAUCUCGGCGAAGCGAAAGUGUCUUCAGCGAAGAUGAAGGCCGCGACUCGCUCGGAGCAAGCACAACUCUGAUGGAAGGCAUCAGUGCGUCUACUUCAAAGCCAGCAAAGCAUAACAUGAAGAUAAGUCGGUUGCAUCGUAACGAAUCCUGCGCACUAUGUAACAAGAAUCUUACCGGGAUAUUGAUACAGGGUUACAAAUGCAUGAGAUGCAAACUAUCAUUCCACAAAGAGUGCUCUUCGUUCGCAUGUAAUAUUCCGUGUCAAGCAACACCUGCCCAGUCACCACGUCCUGAGAUCGUGGUAGCACCCAAAAAAGUAUGGGAAAUCAAGUAA